CCAGUGCGCCUGCGCAGCAGGCGGCGGCGGCAGGGGGAGGUGGAGGCUGUGGAGCGGCAGCGGCAGCAGCGCGUCCCGGGACUUAGGCAGCAGCGGGGGCAGCGGCGGGCGGAAGCUGAGGUGACGAAGGCAGCGGCGGCGGCGGCCGUUUCCCUCACGGUGGCGGAGACCAAGGCGGCGGCGGCGGCGGCGGCGGACGGGGAGCGGCCCGGCCCUGGCCCCCUGCUCGUUGGCUGUGGCAGGGCCGCCGUGGGGCCGGCCCGGCUCCCGCCCCCCGCGGCUCCCCCUCCGGCUCCUCCUCCCGGGAGACGCCGGGGGCCUGGCCCGGCCCGCACUCAGACCGCUGCUUCACCCGCCGCUGGGGGAGCCGGAGGCGGUGGCGGCGCCAUGGGCGGCCUAGCCUCUGGUGGGGAUGUGGAGCCGGGACUGCCCGUCGAGGUGCGCGGCUCCAACGGGGCCUUCUACAAGGGCUUUGUGAAGGAUGUCCAUGAAGACUCUGUCACCAUCUUCUUUGAAAACAACUGGCAGAGUGAGAGACAGAUUCCUUUUGGGGAUGUCCGGCUACCACCUCCAGAGGACUAUAAUAAGGAGAUCACAGAAGGGGAUGAGGUGGAGGUUUAUUCUCGAGCCAAUGAGCAAGAACCUUGUGGCUGGUGGCUGGCCCGGGUGCGGAUGAUGAAGGGAGAUUUCUAUGUCAUUGAAUAUGCUGCCUGUGAUGCAACUUACAAUGAAAUUGUCACCCUGGAACGGCUUCGGCCAGUUAACCCCAAUCCCCUCGCAACCAAAGGCAGCUUCUUCAAGGUUACAAUGGCUGUGCCUGAGGAUCUGAGAGAGGCCUGCUCCAAUGAAAAUGUCCAUAAAGAGUUCAAGAAAGCGUUGGGAGCGAACUGCAUCUUUCUCAACAUCACAAAUAGUGAGCUCUUCAUUUUGGUAAGUUUAUUCUGUCUGAAUUUCAUAUACAGAGCAUUAGGUACCUGCGACAGACAUUCUGAGACUCACCCUACAGAAGAUGAGUCAAGACCCCACGAUACCUUCAGUCCUUUUUCCUUUCAGACAAGUAAGCAGUUGGCGGCAGCAUUCCAAGAGGAGUUCACUGUGCGAGAGGACUUGAUGGGACUGGCAAUUGGGACUCACGGUGCCAACAUCCAACAGGCCCGAAAAGUACCUGGGGUGACCGCCAUUGAGCUGGGUGAAGAAACCUGCACUUUCCGCAUCUACGGGGAGACUCCUGAGGCAUGCCGACAGGCCCGAAGCUACCUUGAGUUUUCUGAGGACUCUGUGCAAGUGCCCAGGAACCUGGUUGGCAAAGUGAUUGGAAAGAAUGGGAAAGUGAUCCAGGAGAUUGUGGAUAAAUCUGGUGUGGUGAGGGUUCGAGUGGAAGGUGAUAAUGACAAGAAGAACCCCAGGGAGGAGGGAAUGGUUCCCUUCAUAUUUGUUGGCACUCGAGAGAAUAUCAGCAAUGCUCAGGCUCUGCUGGAGUAUCAUCUCGCCUACCUGCAGGAGGUGGAGCAGCUUCGCUUGGAGAGGCUGCAAAUUGAUGAACAACUUCGGCAGAUUGGGCUGGGCUUUCGCCCUCCUGGGAGUGGGCGGGGCAGCGGCGGCAGUGACAAGGCUGGAUAUACCACUGAUGAGAGCUCUUCCUCCUCCCUCCACACCACACGAACUUAUGGGGGCAGCUAUGGGGGCCGGGGCCGGGGCCGGAGGACGGGCGGUCCUGCCUAUGGCCCCAAUUCAGACCCUUCCACAGCUUCUGAGACGGAGUCAGAGAAGAGAGAGGAACCCAGCCGAGCUGGGCCGAGUGACCGGGAUCCCCCAACUCGGGGGGAAGAAAGUCGGAGGCGGCCAAUUGGGGGCCGGGGUAGGGGACCCCCACCUGCUCCCCGGUCCACCUCAAGAUACAGCUCUUCUUCUAUUAGCUCAGUACUGAAAGAUCCAGACAGUAAUCCCUACAGCCUACUGGACACAUCUGAACCAGAGCCCCCAGUUGAUUCAGAGCCUGGGGAACCUCCCCCAGCAAGUGCCAGGCGCCGCCGCUCCCGCCGGCGCCGCACUGAUGAAGACAGGACUGUCAUGGAUGGAGGCCUGGAAUCUGAUGGGCCCAGCAUGACAGAAAAUGGCCUGGAAGAUGAGUCAAGACCUCAGCGUCGUAAUCGGAGCCGCCGCCGCCGUAACCGUGGUCACCGGACUGAUGGUUCUGUCAGUGGAGACCGUCAGCCAGUGACUGUGGCCGACUAUAUCUCCAGAGCAGAGUCUCAGAGCCGCCAACAGCCUCCCCUGGAACGCACUAAACCCUCAGAGGACUCUCUUUCAGGACAGAAGGAUGACUCUGUCAGCAAGCUUCCUAAGGGCCCCUCAGAGAACGGGGAGCUCUCUGCCCCCCUGGAGUUGGGUAGUUUGGUGAAUGGGGUUUCAUAAAACCUCCAACCCGCAUCCCUUCCUUCUCCAUCUCGCUUGCUGCCCAACACCAUGGCCCUCACAGGCCCGACUGACCUGCGCUGGAGCUGCUCUUAUCUAGGGGGUGGGGGGUGGCACAGCAGCUUGGGUCCCCCCUCAACCUCCAGGAGUUAGUGGAGGGGUGUGUAACAGGGUCAUACCCCCCUCCCUCUUGUCCACCCUACCCCCAGGGUGAGGGGAGCCACUCUCCUUCCCCUUCAGACUUGGAUGUGCCUUUAUCCUCUAAUGCCCCAAUCUCUCUGAACACCCCCAUUCUCCACCUGUUGGUGCGGGGUGCUCGUUGACCCACUCAGAUUUGACAGUUCAGGGGGGCUCCCCUGCUAUCCCUCCUCCCAUCCUGUACUGCCCAUUUCUGGGGCCUCAUCACUGUGGAAGACGGGGAUAGUAAGGGUAUAGUGGGUGGGAGGCAUGGGGAAGGUUUUGGAGUAGAACCAGGGGUGUGUAUGAAGGGGGGUGACAAGGUCCCCCAGGGUAGGGGCAACCAACCUUGUCUGGUGGAUGAGAAGGCGUAUUUAUUUUUCACUGUACAGUAUUUAAAAAGAGAAUAAAAAAAUCCAAAUGGC